AUGCAGAGCAAACUUGUCCUCCUCUCUGCCAUCCUGGCUUGUGGCUCAGCAUCAUUGGCCUCCGAAAACAAGAACAAACGCAGCCCUCUCCCAAUCCAAAAGAUCCUCGCCAUCCCCAAUGUUCCUGCUGAGCUUCGAGAGAGGGCAACAAAAACGGACAAAGGAUGCUUCACCAUCAGUGGCGACGAUUGUGGAGACACGUUAGAAUUCCUUGCAUGCGCUGGAGACACAAAUUCUGCAGAGUGUGUCCUCAAUUCAAAAUGUGCCAUCACCCUGCAAGACUGCCUGCCUGAGGCUAAGCUGCAGGCUCGCCAGGGCGGCGGCGGUUCGCCCUUUGACCCUGAGCUCUUUAAUGAAAAACGCAUUGAGGCUCGACAAGAAGCAAGGAUCAGCGACGAGAUCCAGUCUGCUAUGCCGGCUGAAGUCAGGAAUGCCAUGCUCAAUGACCCCAAUGCCGCCGAGUCUCUCACCAAUGAAUUCUCUGGGGGUUCGGUGCCGCAGUGGUACACUCGACUGCCUGCGAGCGUCACCAAUUACUAUGCUACCAUUACCCCUCCACCCAGUAUGACCGGUUAUGCUGUCAAGGCCCCAACAGAUGACCCGCAACGGCAAAGCGUUGAUGAUUGGGUAGCGUCCAUUCAGAGCUACAAGAAUCUCAUCGCUUCCCUCUCUCGGGCAGCUUCCUCGGAGUCACAGUCGGCCAGAAGAAUGUCAAGGGCGGCAUCGGAAAAGUCCAAGUGGGCAAGCGAAGAGAUGGAUGGACAAUUACAAACCAGCGCAUAUGAGCAAUCAGUGAUGGCUGCCUCGAUGUCUCGUGAUGCUGCCCUUGAGUCAAGCUAUGCCGCCUCGGCUUCUCGAACCAUCUAUGCAAAAGAUGUGCCAACCGGACAAGGGAGUAGCGCAUCAACAAGCGACACGAGACUGGCAUUUGGAUUGAGCAUUGUUGCGGCUGUGGCGUGCCUUGGGUUGGCAUUUGCUCUGUGA